AUAUGUGGUCACGUGGUGUGACGGGGUGUCACAUGACAUGGGGUCACAUGACAUGUAUGUUGUCACGUGAUGUGUAUGUUGUCACGUGACUCAGUGCCCCCCGACAACCCUGUGGUGGAGGCGUCGGAGGCGGCUGUGGAAGGAGGAGAAACGGAGCUGAGCUGCACCGUGCCCAGAUCCCGGCCUGCAGCCAACAUACGGUGGUACCGGGACAGGAAUGAGAUACACGGCUCAUUACACCGUGAGGCCCAUGGCAAGGUGUUCAGCCUGCGCAGCAUUAUAUGGGUUAUUAUGGAGGGGAAUAUGGGUUAUAAUGGGAUCCCCCCAUAUCUCCCCCUAUAUCCCCCCUAUCUCCCCCCCAGCCCCACCGACAUCACGUGGAGCCGCAGUAACGACUCGUUACCGUCCCGUUCCCGCGCUGACGGCGCCGUUCUGACGGUGUCGGCCCUGAGCCCCCACGAUAACGGCACCUACAGCUGCAGCGCCGCCAACCGCCACGGCCGCGCCACGGCGCACUACGUGCUCGUCGUCUAUGACCCCGACGCGGUGGUGGCGGCUCAGCGCUCCGUCCCUUACGCCAUCGUUGGGGGGAUUCUGGCCCUGCUCGUUUUCCUGCUCAUCUGCGUCCUCGUCACCAUGGUGUGGUGCUCCAUUAGGCAGAAAGGUUCGUACCUGACCCACGAGGCCAGCGGGUUGGACGAGCACGGCGAGGCCAGGGAGGCUUUUCUCAAUGGGGGAGACGGCCACAAGCGCAAGGAGGAGUUCUUCAUUUAAUACGGGCUAUGGGGCACGGAUCUAUGGGGCACGGAUCUAUGGGGCACGGAUCUAUGGGGCACAGGGGGGAUCUAUGGGGCAACGGUGGGUCUAUGGGGCAGCAUGGGGGGCACGGGAUGGGCUGCAAAGGGGGCGGGGCUUAAGAAAGGGGCGGGGCUUAACGAGGCCACGCCCCUCAUCCAAUCCCCUUCAAGCCAUGGCGGAGGGGGCGGGGCUUUGUGCUUUGGCCACGCCCCUUUCCCUCUCGCCCCGCCCCCUUUUGCUCUGGGGGUCGUGAAUAAUAUAUGAGGGGGGCGGGGCUUGUGGCCCGGCCCCGCCCCUUUAUGUAAAUAGCGCCGCCUUUUAACGCCUUUGAUACAAUAAAACCCCCGACGGUUCGUAACGGG